GGGGGAAAGACGGAGCCCCGGGCAUGGAACUGCCUCCGCCGGCUGCCUGAAGGGAGCGGGACGAUCGGCACGGAGCUGCCCGGCACGGGAACCACCAGCUCGGGCAUCGCCCGGGUGAUGGCGAACUUAACAACUCCUCCAGCCUGGACCAGAGUCAUCAACAGCUCCUUAGACCCAGGUGGUGCAGGAAACAACGCCUACAAGUGCAUAUUUGUUGAGGACUUCAAGUAUGUCCUGCUGCCCGUCUCCUACGGCAUCGUGUGCGUGGUGGGGCUCUUUCUCAACCUGCUGGCCCUCUACGUCUUCAUCUUCAGGAUCAAGACCUGGAACGCCUCCACCACAUACAUGUUCAACCUGGCCGUGUCCGACACGCUCUACGUGGUCUCCCUGCCCCUCCUGGUGUAUUAUUAUGCCAUGGGAGACAACUGGCCCUUCAGCGUGGGCUUGUGUAAGAUAGUCCGCUUCUUGUUUUACACCAACCUCUACUGCAGCAUCCUUUUCCUUCUCUGUAUCAGCAUCCAUCGAUUCCUGGGCAUCUGCUUCCCACUGAAGUCGCUGCAGUGGGGACACGUUCGCUACGCCCGGAGGGUGUCAGUCAUCGUGUGGGUGGUGACCGUCGUGUGCCAGUCGCCUGUGCUCUUCUUCGUCACCACCAGCGUGAAGCGUGACACCAUCACCUGCCACGAUACAUCCAGGAAGGACCUCUUUGGCCAGUUUGUCAUUUACAGUUCAGUGAUGCUGGUGCUGCUCUUCUGCAUCCCCUUCCUCAUCAUCAUCGUCUGCUACUGCCUAAUGGCCCGGAGGCUGCUGCAGCCCACGCGGGGGAUCUCCCGGCUGUCCCGAUCCAAAAAGAAGUCGGUCAAGAUGAUAAUCAUCGUCUUGGUGGUCUUCAUCGUUUGUUUUCUUCCUUUCCAUGUCACUCGUACCUUGUACUACUCCUUCCGGAGCUGGGACUUGAGCUGUCAGACCCUCAAUGCUAUCAAUUUAGUCUAUAAGGUGACUCGUCCCCUAGCUAGCACCAACAGCUGCCUGGAUCCCAUUUUGUAUUUCUUAGCAGGACAACGAUUUAUGAAGUUUGCGGGCAACAAAAUGCCAGGGAAGCCUCAAAAUGAAAUGGCACUGGGCAUUGUGCCUACCAGUCACCUGGGAACCAGUGACAACACAGACAUAUUAUCCAAGGAGGUGAAAUCCUAGCUCUGCUCCGGCACGGGCAGCACCAUCUCCGCGGCAGAAGGUUUUAUCCCAGCUGUGAAGGGAGGUCAGGAUGCUUUGGGGCCCGAGGCUUUUGGUGCUUGCGGUGCAUUGGCUUGCACCCGCUUCAGCAUGGUCCGUGUUAAAUGCAGUCCUCUGCUCGUUGCUGUUUCAAAAGUAUUUUUUCAGGAAGAUGCUGCUGUGGUUAUACACACAAACCCCAUAUCUCUGCCUCGUCAUCCAAGCCUGCCUCUCCGUUCAAUGCUGAAUGGCAUCUUUCCACCAGUGAGGCUGGGUAACCUCUAUCAUGGUGGCCAAAUCUGCUAAAAAAAAUCACACCCUGAAUGUCUUAGAUCCUUUUCUAAAGCAGAAACAUUGUGUGCAAAAGGUACCCCUAAAGAAAUCCAUCUGCCUUUCUCCAGAUUCCCUGGCAGAGAGGUAGCAAGAGUUUCUCUAUGCCUUGGCAAGGGAGGAAAGGCUUUUGGUUGAUGAGGACAGUCAGCUGCGGUUCUGCUAAACAGGUCGAUGAAAAUGUCAAGCGCAAAUACCACCCGCAGCGGGAAAGGGUCUCCCACAGCUUUGCAUCCCUGAAGAAAUGCUCUCCCAGCUUCAAGCCCUGGCAUCUGCUGGCAGAGCCGGGAGGGGACUCCUAGCUCCUGUCCAAGGGCUGGCUUCCCAUUAAAAAGGGUGCUGAUGGACCUUCCAUCCCACUGGAGUAUACUGGUACCGUCCCACUGGAGUUUACUGGUACCAUCAAGCAAGUCCCCUGUAGUUUUCUCCAGUGGAGUCAACAUCUUCCAAAAGACCCAUUAGUGCUUCCCAACAGCAACAUUCACCCUUGAAAAGCUUUUAGGAACCCCUACCUUUCUUUCAGCUGCUAACUUUAAUAAUCAUCUCCAGCUCAUUAAGAUUUAGGGUAAGCUCUUCAGGUCUUGUUUUUAACCCCCUUACUAGUGACUCAUGUUUCUAGAAAGAAGCGAAGACCGUUGCUCAUCCCCUUGGCUGAGUGCUGCCACAUCCUCAUUGCUGCUCAGAGGUGACAGCCCUCUGGGACCUUUAGCAGCUUGGCUGUGACCCAAAAUGCUGCCCAAAUGUUGCUGUCUGGUCUCCUCAUAAUCCCAGUGCUCCACUGAAGCCAGUCAGCAUAUCCCUUACUGACAGUAUGGACCUUCCCUGGGAAUUUUGGCAGCGCUAAACCCUGGGUUUAGGAGCCAUACCAAUAAACGUGGUGCUAAGCUUAACCCCAGUCCUGUCUAGAUUUGGCCUUGCAUCUCCCAUCAGCCAGGACAGUUCAAAGUAAACUGGAGAAAAUAUCCACAAAACACUUCACCAGAAGGUCCACUUGGUCUUUCUUUCUGUAAUUGUUGGGUUAGACAGCCAAGAGCCCAGGUCCAUGGUUUCUUUGCCUAGCCUUGCCACGAGGAUGCUGAUUCCUCACCCCAAAAAUGAAAAUUGCUUGUUCUGCAGCACUGGACGAGUCAUAUUUUGUAAAAGCAGCCUCGGCUCUAUUUUAGGAUUAGACAAACACAUUUGAUCCUGGUUUAGACCGAUUCCUCAGACGUCGUCUUAUUUUCUCCCAUCCCUCCUUCUUAUGAAGUGGCUUGGUGGAGAUAAAGACAUGCCACGAUGUAACCAGCGGAGUUCAGUCAUGGGUGACUGGGACCAUUCAGGGUUAACUGGGAGGUUCCCGUGGUGCCGGCUCAGUGGAGCCGUGGUCCCGUGCAGGGCUCUUGGCCCAACCAACAAUGUCACAACCACAGGAGGCAAAGGAGGGGACUGUUUCAGCUCUGAGCACCAUCGGCAAAGAAAAAUAGCACAUUUGUGGGGUGGUUCAUCUCAUCCUUGAGUGAACUUUUAGGAUAGGGUUGGGUUAAGAUAGGACUUGCACCGUGGCAGCACCUUUUUUUCCUUGUGCCUGUGAAGGAAGCUUGACUUUAUGAGGAGGGUCACGGCGUAGUCACUGGGGCAAGACAAAUAGUUGGGAGAAAUUAAUUCAACUAAAGCACUGAACUGGUACAAACAUUACUCCAGGCCAGGUCUUGCCUGGUCUCCCACACUUGCCAAAAACCAGCAUGAACACCAAGUAACGUGCUCUGAAUAAUUCAACAAAAAUGUGCUCAAAGUUCAUUCCUGCUUGGUGAUCCCACCUUUCUCCAAGCUGGCAUCAGCCAGCUUCAAACCACCACCUUGGGCAACACUGCCAGUCCCAUCAGGGAGGUCCCUUUGUGAUCCUGAUCCCGCACAAGCUAACGGCACUGUUCAGACGCAGAGUGGUUGGAGAGGUACCAACUGGAAAUUUAUAUAUAGAUUUUUUUUGUUUGUUUGUAAAAGCACUAACUUAUACUAAAAAAAAAAAAAAAAGUGGGUUUUGUGACAAUGACUGUACAUUUUUAUUUUUGUAACAUGCAAACAUCUCAGAUUUCUUAUAGUAAAUAAAUUUAUUUCUACUAUGA